AUGGCAGGCGUAGCAGCGCAAGGCGCUGCGGCGCUUGCAGCCUCAGACGCUCCGACGGCCUUGUCUGCAUACACGCAGGCACUGAUCGAACACCCCAGUUCUCCCGACUACUUUGUUCAACGAUCAAUCGCCUUUACACGACUCAAACCUCCUCGACAUGAUCUCGCUCUCAAGGACGCAGAGUACGCAGUUCUCCUGGCUUACAAACGUGCAAAGAGAGACAAGAUUCAAGCAGCCCAGCACCGACGGGUGGUGGCUCUGUAUGGGCUCGGUCGCUAUGCCGACGCCAUGUACAUUCUGACCACAAUGGAAAGAUGGAGGCCAGACAACAACAAGCCUGCCAGAAUGGAAGGUGACAUGUGGAUGGCGAGGUUGGAAACAAAAUUGAAGACAGUUCCCGAGUCAGAGCAGUUGCCCACGACCAAAGAAUGCCCGGAGAUCGAGCUACCAUCAGAAGGCAAGCUGAAGGAGCAACUCAAGGCACAGUUGAACGCAGACGGCUCCUACAAAUUUGAUCAGACUACCGAUGUCGUGUCGACCACAACACCCACUCCUCAUGCAGACGCAAACGCAAACACAAACGCUACCGCUACGACAAACCGUGACAAUGCCGCACUCACCCCCGCCCAGCCCACCACUAAUGAUGUCCCCAAGAUCCGACACGAGUGGUACCAGAAUGCGCAGUCAGUUACCAUCACUCUGUACGCAAAAGGAGUGUCGAAAGACAGCGCUGAGAUCGACGUGAAGGAAGAUUCACUUUACAUUUCCUUCCCUCAUCCAGCCAACGCGUCCUCAACCUUCACGUUUUCUCUCGACCCUUUGUUUGCACUCAUCGAUCCAAGUCAGAGCAAGUCUGCUGUCAUGUCGACUAAGAUAGAGUUGACGCUCAAGAAAGUGCAGCAAGGUCAGAAAUGGCGCAGUCUGGAAGGCACCACUCCGCUCAAAGGUUCGAUUCCGGACGAUAAUACGAAGGACGAUGCCGCCAAAGCCGCGAUCAUAUCUACCAUCACAAAUUCGCAGUCUGUAAAUCCCGCGACUGAGUCUUCAACCACAGCCGCAACCACGACAGCGACCGCUGCAGUCCCAGUGUAUCCGACCUCUUCUCGUCAUGGUCCAAAAAACUGGGACAAACUCGCCAACGACCUGCACUCGCAGUACAAGUCUAAGAAACCUAGCAAGUCAAAGUCUACCACGUCUACGACAAAGAAGGCAGAUUCCACUUCCAAGACAGUUACUCACGGCGACUCUCCUCCAGCAUCUGGCGACGAGGCCGAUGAAGAUAUCGACUCAGACUACGACAGCGCUGAUCCAGUGGACGGGUUCUUCAAGAAGCUGUAUGCUGGAGCAGAUGCCGAUACUAGGCGAGCGAUGAUGAAGUCGUUCUACGAAAGCAAAGGAACCGCCUUGAGCACGAACUGGUCGGAAGUCGGGCAGGCGCCAGUGGAGGAGGUCAAGAGCAAGAGUGAUGAGUGA